AUGUCUUUAUCUGCUGCUCGACAAAUUGCCAACCAUCAUCCUCUUGCUAUUCAACCUUUAAUCAAAAAUUCAAACAUGAAAAAUAUUCCAAACUUUCCUCCUGAAAUCAUUCGUAUAAUUCUUAGUUUAAUAAAAGAUGACAAGAAAACUAUUAACACUUGUGCUACUGUAAAUCAUACGUUUAAUCUUCACGCUACACUAAUCUUAUAUCAUACCAUUCCUUUCUCAUUUCCUUACAUAUUUACUUUAUUCGCCAAAGCUAUUAUCAGCGAAUUUCAACCGACGCUACAAUUCAGACGGUCAAUUACCCCUGAAAUUCUUUUAAGCAUUCUACGAUCUUGCACCAUGUUGGAGACUUUCUCCGUUUCGGAAAUGUUGACAUCAACUAUCAAUCUUGAAGUUUUACAGGUUCUCGUUUUCGAAUCAGAAUAUAUGGGUCGUUUAAGAUUUAUUCAAGAUUAUGAAGAUGAUGAUAAAAAGGCUGACUUACUCAUUCCAAAGUACCUUCAACGUCUUUCUUUACAUAAUUGUUCAAUCAUCUCAGAAUAUUCUACCAUACUUACCCUAUUUGCAAACGCACCAAAUAUCACUCACCUUGAUUUGGGUGGUUGUUCCGUUAGUGAGAUGACACUUAAU